AGUAGCAGCUGAUCGUUGUUAAAUGGCGCAUUGUAAAUAGAAGACGGGAGGUCCUGCCGACGCGUCCAUUAAUAAUAUUAAAAAAAAAAAUGGUUUGACAGCUUUUCGAUUCGUAACAUUUGCGUUUAUGUUUCUCCCGGUAGACUCCCUAGUGUUUACCCAGCCUAUUACUAAUUAAAUAAAGUGUUAGUUUCAAUAAUUUAGUGAAUAGUAACAUAACUACAAACGCGACGUGUCGAGUGCCUCCCGUCUUCUACGUAGGUAUACUAUAUGCAUAAUAUCACAUAAAGCGCAAUUACUAUAACAUCGAUUAAGAUACGUCGCUACCUCUCCUGUUAUCGAUAACCAAAAUUCACCACCCUGCGUUCCUUUAAACAUGGCCAUUCUACCCCCUGAUCCAGUUUUCCUUCUGCGAGGCGCUGAGACCGGACCCAUACACAGUCUUCUAUUCCGGAUUUCACCCUACGUGGAACACCUCUAUGCAGGUGCUGAGUCUGGGACUGUUCAUAUCUGGGAUUUGAGGAAAAGUCGGGAGACCUUGAGAUUCACUGCGGGCAAUGAGCCUUGUCUUGCUCUGAGGGCUCUACCAGAGGAGACAUUAGUAACACAAGGAAAGGCAGGGACAUACAAAAUAUGGAAGGCAGAUGGGUCGAAUUGGAUUCACAACGAGAGUUUGGAGAGCGGUCACGUCAGUUUUUGCCGGUGUGAACUGUUGUCGCCCGACGAGCAAACACUCCUUAUUCCUCUUCCCAAUUCCGUUAUCGGUGCUCUCUCUCUUAAGACUCUGGACAUAGUUUAUAAGUUGGAUCCUAGUAACUUGCCGUCAGGCAAACCCCCUGCACCCCUGGGUGAAGUGAUGUCAAUUAAGCCUGUCGGUUUGCAAGGAAACAUUUUGGUAUUAGCAGCUUACGAAGGAGGCCAAGUUGCUCUUUGGGAUAUCAAGGAAAAGAGCAUAAUUAGCUGGCUCGAUAUCCAAGAGUGUGCUCUCACCUUGGACUUUGAUGUUAAUUUAAUGCGAGGUAUCGUAGGCAGCGUUGCAGACAAAUUACAAGCCUUUAAUCUGAACAAGGCCCAUACAAUCAGUCUGAAAUCAACUAUACCAUUGAAAAAUUCUGGUACCUCAGUUGUUGUGAUAAGGCCGGACACUAAAGUCUUUGCCGCUGGGGGCUGGGACGGUCGUCUAAGAAUUUUUUCGUUCAAAACUCUUCGACCCUUAGCAGUUUUGGAUCAACACAAGACUUCCAUCCAUGACGUCACUUAUUCAGAUUCUAAGGUUGACGCAUGGGGCAGCAAGUGUCUCAUGGCUGCGGGUGGGAAAGAUGGGACAGUUUCACUGUGGGAUCUCUACAAUUAACCGCUUCGUUGAGUUUACACAUUGCUGACAUAUUUUUUUUUUUUUAUUUUUCGAUAUACCGUUUACUUGGAGAUUGAGGAAAAAAUAAACAACCGUAACAGAA